GGGAGAAGUGAAGGUUUACAUCUGAGAUUUUAUGAGAGAGAAAGGGAGAACUAAGAAAAAGAAGUGAGAUGUGAGAGAAAAGGGAGUUGAGAGAGUGAAAAUUGAAAAUGAGCCCGUGAAAAAACGCGUGUGAACUAAUUGAAUUUUUUAUUUUUUUUUCUUUUAUUGUUGGUGCACGUGCACCAUGAUGUUACAUGCUAAAUCCGCCACUGUGGAUCAGUAAAUAUCAAUUUUAAUCAACAAAUAUUAAUUUUAAUCAAUGUAAUAAAGUAGAGUAAACGCGAUCUAAGUAAUGAGUUGACUAUAAAUUCCAAAGUCAUACUUCUCUUUCACCCAUUCUUACUCGUUCCCAUUUCACAUAAAAAGCUAUAUCUUAGCCGCGCCAACCACUCCACUAAUCUCUUUUGAUUAGUUUUUUCAUAUUCUUUUUGUAGAAUUACCAGCUUGUAAUGUAACCCACAUUAGAAGUAUCAUUGCUUUUCACUUUAUGCAACAACCCACCAACCUAUCCAUUCAACACCAACUUGCACGAAUCCAAAGUAGUAUAUAUCAUCAUACCAAAAAUUCAAACCAAACUUUAUUUUGUACAUUAUUCACCAAUUUAUCAUAACCUAAAGUUUUCAUAAACAUGGCAAAACCAUACAACUUCACCAUUUUUCUUACUUUCUCUCUAAUCUCCCUAACCUUACUCCCCACAAACCAUGCAAUAUUCUCAAGAUCCAUCUCAAAGGAAGAACUCGGCAUAAAAGAAGAUGACAAACUAACCCACCUCACCUUCUACUUUCACGACACUCUUAGUGGGCCCAACCCAUCAGCCCUUCCAAUCGCUAAGGCCAAGAUAACUGACAAAUCACCCACCACAUUUGGGGCCUUAGCCAUGAUCGAUGACCCACUUACUGAAGGCCCAAAAAUCACGUCAAAGUUAGUGGGCCGGGCCCAAGGAAUGUAUGGGUUUGCAGACCAAGAAGAGCCCGCUUUGAUUAUGAUGAUGAAUUUUAUGUUUUUGGAAGGAGAAUUUAAUGGGAGUACAUUAAAUGUGAUGGGAAGGGAUGCUAUGAGUGACAGUGCACGGGAACUUGCUGUGGUUGGUGGAACAGGAGCCUUUAGAUUUGCUAAAGGUUAUGUUCAGCUUAAAACGGUGACGUUUGAUCAAAAGAGUGGUGAUGCUGUUGUAUUGUUUAAUGUGUUUGUUAAUCAUGCUUCUACUAGUUUUAAGAUAGAAUCGGACAAUGGUGGAUCAACGGGGUCUAGCACAAGUGAUGGUGCACCCUUGUCUAGUCAAGCAUCUCUCUCUUUGAUGGUGUCUUCUUUUAGUUUUAUCAUCAUUUCUCUUUUGUAUUUAUGUAUUUUUUGAAGGAAAUUUCUUGUGGUGUGAAUGAAUUUUUUUUGGUGGAGAGGGUUUGUCUUGGAAUAUAUGUGUAUGUAUUUGUAUGUGAGAGGAUAUUAGCAUAUAGCCAUAUAUGAUGGACAUGUUUUUGCACAACAAGAAUUGGAUUGAUAGUUUUUUUUAUGUUUUCA